AUGUUAAUGCACUGUGUUUAUGGUGUCGGUAUCAGUGUGCAGGGUGUGACGCCGCUCUUCAGUCCGUGUCAAAGUUCCGCGAGUAACGGCAGCAGCAGCCGGAGAAUGGCGAAGAUCUGCGGCGUUUUACUGUUCGGAGCGCUGAUUCUGGCGAUACUGAACACUUCAGCGUCUGAAGAACAACAGAAGAAAAUCAGACAGAAGAGAGAGUGGAUUGUCCCAGCAAACAAACUAAGGGAAAAUUUUGAUUAUACGCAUAAGGAAUCCAUAGCCAAAAUCCGUUCAGAUGGGGAGUCCGUGACGAGGAUACGAUAUUCACUGACUGGACCUGGUGCCGACCAGCCUCCCGUUAAAUUGUUCACUGUUAAUAGUGAGACUGGCUUGGUCAGGAUCAACGGAGUGUUAGACAGAGAGAAAACUCCCUUUUAUCAUCUCCGAGGGGUGGCCAGCUAUCUGAAUGACAGUCGUGCUGAGAAAGAUAUUGAUUUGAGAAUCGUGGUCGAGGAUGAGAACGAUUGUCCUCCUGUGUUUAACCUGACAAUCGGAGCCGUUUUUGAGCUGAGCGAAAGAGCCAAGUUUGUAAUGAAGGUCACCGCAACAGACGCAGAUCAAAACGGAACUCUGCAUACAAAAAUCGCCUACAGCAUUGUGAAACAGCAGCCCGAGAACAUGUUCUACAUUGAUCGAGACUCUGGUGAUAUAUACGUCAUGCACAACACGCUCGACAGAGAGAAAAUAGAAACAUACACUUUGAUUAUUAAAGGGACCGAUCUGGGUGGCGAUCCGAACGGAAAUACAGGAACAGGAACUGCUAUCAUCAAUAUUCUUGACGUCAAUGACAACAUUCCUACUUUGGAGAAAAACAUUUAUGAGUGCCGUGUGGAGGAAAACACUAGAAAUGUGGAAGUGAUGAGGUUUCAAGCAGUCGACGCAGAUCUGAUCUACACUGAAAACUGGCUGGCCAUCUUCACAAUCGUGUCAGGAAACGAAGCUGGUUAUUUCUCCAUAAUCACAGACAACAAGACCAACGAAGGCAUCCUGAUUCUUCAUAAGGAGCUGGACUAUGAAGAGCUGAAGGAAAUCAAGCUGCAGGUGUCUGUUGCUAACAAGGCACAGUAUCACUCAAAAGUAGUCAUAACAGAGAGCAAGACGUACACCGUCCACGUCAGUGUGGUCAACCAGCCUGAGGGCCCUCGCUUCAAACCCGCCGUCAAAGUCAUCACCAUCUCUGAAGAAAGCACCAGCACUAUUUUACACAAAGUCAUUACCAAUUACGCAGCAAUAGACAGCGACACGCUACUAAUUGCUAAUAAUGUGAGGUAUGCAAAAGGACGAGAUGUUGACAACUGGCUGAUUAUAGAUGAGAGGACGGCUGAUAUAAAAUUAAAUAAAAUACCAGAUUAUGAGUCCAAGUUUCUGGUCAAUGGCACAUAUUACGCUCAUAUACUCUGCAUCACUAAUGAUGUCCCGGCUAAAACUGCAACAGGAACCAUUGCUAUUCAAGUAAAAGACUUUAAUGACCACUGUCCCGUGCUGAGCCGACAGUCUCAAACGCUGUGCUAUGAGGAUCACGUGGUUUAUGUCACGGCUGUGGACAAAGAUCAGUUCCCCAAUGGAGCACCCUUUAGUUUCAAAGUGGAUACCAUAAGCACAAAGGAGUCAUGGAGCAUCGAGCCUCUCAACGCCACUACAGUGAUAUUCAGGUCUCAAAAAACACUGUGGCCUGGCAUGUACCAUGUGUUUGUGGACGUGUGGGACCAGCAGGGGAAGAUCUGUGCUGGGCAGGAGCUUCAGAUAGACGUCUGCGCGUGUGACGCAGCUAAAGUUUGCCUGCCUCAAAAGAUCGUCUCCACGUUUGGAUCAUCUGGUGUUCUUCUAAUGCUGCUGGGACUGCUGCUGCUCCUGUUGGUGCCACUUCUGCUGCUCUUCUGUCUUUGUGGAGGCGCAGGAGUUGCGGGAAAUUUCAAGCCCAUGCCGUUGACUCAUCUUAUCAAAUACAACACUGAAGGACAGGGGGAGGACAAGGAAAUGGCUGUCUUGAAGAUUUCAAAGGAACUGGAGGACAUCCAGCAUGGUCAUGGGGGCGGUUUAGGAGGAGGUCAGAUAUGGGGUGGAGUAAAGGAUGGUAUAUAUGGAGCAGAAGGCUCAUACUGGACCUCGUUCCAUGACCAUUAUGACAGUGCAUAUCAUCACCAGACUGACGGGCGGUACGUGUUUGGACAAAGAAAAGAAGAACACAGCAGACUGGAAGACUACAUGUUUGACGGGCUUGCACUGUCUGAUGCUUUCUUAGGCAACUACUAUUCUCAAAAAGUAAGACAUGUGACUAAGAAGCAAGACACGGGAGACAGUCUAAAGAUCUACAACUACGAGGGUCAGGAAUCAUACAAGUGCUCUUUUGAGGACAUCUCCGAACUUUUACACGAAGACAACGAGUUUGCUUUUCUUGAUGACCUUGAUCUCAAGUUCAAGACCCUGGCUGAGAUCUGUACUGGUUCUACAAUAGAGGUUAAAUUCAGCACAACCGUCCCUGUGACCUCCAAACCGGUCUUCUCCACCACACACAAAGAUGUCAACAUACAAGACUCAGUUAGUCAUUUACAGUCUCAGGAGCAAGCAACCUCAUCCACCAUCAUUCACACCGCAGGAGCACAGCAGACCAGCAGCAUGUCUUCAACAGGAGUCUAUGUCCAAGAUAAAGUAGUGGUUCCUAACCAAACCCUGUUAGUCCAGCAGCCUGCAUUGUACUACACCUCUGCCUCCCCCAUUUAUGUAAUGGAACCCCAGUCUACUCUGUUGGUGACGCCCGGCCCAGUCCUAGGCCUUCAGGAGAACCUGUUAAUGGAGGAGAAGAAGGUCUCUGGUGCUUCUGCCAAACGUGAAACGCAGCACUACCAGAGUGUAGUUCUUGUUGAGAAGCAGUCACCAAAAGUGUCUUUGCAAACUCAAGGAGCGAUGCAGAUGGUUAACACUGAAAUAAUGCAGUCCAUGGAGGCUCAAGGGGUUAAACAGGCACUCCAUCCAUCCGCCCAGAGGGUUAACACUGAAAUAAUGCAGUCCAUGGAGGCUCAAGGGGUUAAACAGGCACUCCAUCCAUCCGCCCAGAGGGUUAACACUGAAAUAAUGCAGUCCACUGAGGUUCACGAGGUUAGACGGGUGGUGCAUCCAGCCAGAAGGGUGAUGGCAGGAGCGGCCAGUGAGACAGAAGUUUAUCCUUCGUUGGAUAUGAGGGUUCCUCAGAGUCUGUAAGCACUUGGGAUGCACCGAUACAACAUUUCUCAGCCGAUAACCGAUUAUUCAGAAUAACAUCUCCCGACUUUACUUCAGUAUUGUAACAUAAUAUUUCCAACUGAAACAGAAUAUUUAAAAGGGGGCGAGUCAUACAUCUCAAUUACACAUAAGGUAGUUUUUCAUAAAAAAAAAAAAAAAAAAUAUCUUAAUGACAGAUUUAUUCCGACAUACAUAAUUAACAAUAAAAAUGCUAUGUUUAGCGUCCACGGUAUGAAAAUGAUCAUUGCAAAAUGCUGGCAGAGUGAACGAGUCUUCAGAGAAAAUUAUUUUCCACUUAAUUUGACACUUUAGAAAGUUAAUAAAGUUGGAAGUUUCAGUUUAGCUUUAUCUUAUCUAAUUUGGAAAGGAUUUGAAAUAAUUUCGGUUUAUUAUUAUUAUUUUUAUAGCAAUACAUGGCAACACUGCAUCAGCGGCACUUAAACUAACAGCAAUCAAAAAAGCCCAUGUUCAGGUUAUUGCUGACAGGAUAGCACAUUCAGUUAGUCAAAUACAAAAAAUAUGAAAUUAUCUAUCAGAAACGUUAUCAACUUUGUCAAAAACAGUAGCACUUAACAUUAGUACACAGAUCUGUAAAACAAGUAAGUUACAGAAUGAAAUGUAUGCAAACACUAGCCAUGAAGAAGUCUAUUUCAUUCAGUAUAGUAUUUAAGUACAGUAUAGUAGUAUAUUGUUGCAUGAUUAAUAAACAUCUGAUAAAAUAAUCCAUCCCUAACCUAUAGUAAAAUAUUCACAGAUUUUUACACAAUAAAUAUGGUAUAAUUUAUCACUGUUCAUCCCUCGAAAACAGAGAAAACACCUUUCACAAACAUCUACAUCUCUGUCUCUUUUAAAGUGUUUAGUGUAUAUAAUGAGCUGUUUUUGUAGCGGUUAUUGGCUAAUCCCCACCCCAGACCUCUCGAAUUUUCAAACCCUGGCUACGGCCAUGACUGCUGCGUUAAGUGACAUUGUUCACAAGCUGUCUUAUCAUCACCUUUCUGCAGUUGAAAUGUUGAUUGACCCAUUACAUAGACGUGAUACAGUUCAGAAAGCUGUACUUUAUCUUCUGAUGUUCAUUCAUGUUUAUUUUGCGCUGUAACUUGAAUUAAAGUGAAAGAGACUCAUGCAUCGCACUGCCACUUUAACUAAAGCAAAAACUAUAUAUUGUUUGAAUUUUGCGAUACAAUAUACAUUAUUUGAGAGCUAAGACUUUGAUUCCUAUCAAAAGUAACAAAGCUCUUUGCGAUUAUUGGAUGAGAGAUGAUACAAAUAAUAUUUGGUGAAGGGAAAAACCACGGACAUGGCAACCCGGUUUUGAACUAUGGAUGAUUCAUAGGGUCAAAUAGAACUAGCGUUAAUAACGCAAUUUUUUAAUAGGAAUGUGUUUUUAUCAAAUCCCCUAUAGUCUACAUUAGAGGCAUUUGCAGUCUGACAGGUUUUUCUGUGCCCUUUUGUUUGACAGCAUAUAAUUAGCCCUGGUCGUGGGUAAAUUUAAUUGGAUUGCCGAUAGCGCAGAAGGGUUUUGUUUACCGAUACCGAUUAUUGGCCGAUACAUCGGUGCAUCCCCAGUAAGCAGUCAUAAGUCAUAAUCGACCUAAGAUUGAUGAUUCCAUCCACCUCCACUUGCUCUUGACCUACAAGGAUUUUAUUCAAGCCCUUCCUUACAAUAAAGCCUCAGCAGUGGUUUCUCUCCGUUUGAUAUCCAUAUCUUCCCUAUAUAUAAAAAAUAAUAAUUAAAAAAAAAUUCACUGUUCUGUUUUGCAUUUACAUUGCUUCUUAGCUGUGUGCUUCUCUGGUUUAAACAUUUGGGAUUGUGGCACUGCAUAUAUUUUUGCUAUUUUUUUAAUGAAGUGGGGUUUUUUGUUGUUGUUUUGUAUGUGUGUCUUUUGUAAGUUACUUUGGAUGAAAGUAUCGGUUAUAUGAAUAAAUGUAAAUUUUUGAUUGUUAACCAGCACAAAAAGGCUGUAUAAUGAUCAUCAUUCGAUGAACUCCUGCACCAAUGGCAUCUGAAUGUUUGUGAAGAUUUUGAUUUUCAGAAUUUUAAUAUGGAUCAAAAUCACCCAGAUUGGACUUCUUUUAUUACUGCUGUUGAUGAGCUGUUUUUUGGUGAACUAAUAGUCUAGUGUAAAUAUCAUUUAUUUCAAAUAAUCUUUAAGGAAGACUUUCAGCUUAUUGUAUUGUAUCACUAAGGUAUAGUAAUCAAAUUAUACUGUCAGAUCAAAAGACAGUAUCGAUGUGAGGCUUCCACAGCAGAAAAUAAUAAAUAAAGAACAGUAUUGCAAGUGU